CCGGUUACUCCGGAAGUGAAGACUCCUAAUCUCCUCCGCCGGCGGAGGGCCAGGUUGAAGGGAUGGCCGGGCGGACGGCGCGGCUGGUGCUGCUAGCUGGGGCAGCCGCGCUAGCAAGCGGCUCCCAGGGCGACCGCGAGCCGGUGUACCGCGACUGCGUGCACCGGUGCGAGGAGCGGAACUGCUCGGGGGGCGCACUGAGGCACUUCCGCUCCCGCCAGCCAAUCUACAUGAGUCUAGCAGGCUGGACCUGUCAGGACGACUGUAAGUAUGAGUGUAUGUGGGUCACUGUUGCCCUCUACCUCAAGGAAGGUCACAAAGUGCCUCAGUUCCAUGGGAAGUGGCCCUUCUCCCGGUUCCUGUUCUUCCAAGAGCCAGCUUCUGCCAUGGCCUCUUUCCUCAACGGUUUGGCCAGCCUGGUGAUGCUCUGCCGCUACCACACGUCCGUGCCAGCCUCCUCCCCCAUGUAUCCCACCUGCGUGGCCUUCGCCUGGGUCUCCCUCAAUGCUUGGUUCUGGUCCACAGUCUUCCACACCAAGGACACCGACCUCACAGAGAAAAUGGAUUACUUCUGUGCCUCCACCGUCAUCCUGCACUCCAUCUAUCUGUGCUGUGUCAGGACCGUGGGGCUGCAGCACCCGGCUGUGGCCAGCGCCUUCCGGGCCCUCCUGCUGCUGAUGCUGACCGCGCACGUCUCCUACCUGAGCCUCGUCCGUUUCGACUAUGGCUACAACCUGGCGGCCAAUGUGGCUAUUGGCCUGGUGAACGUGGUGUGGUGGCUGGCCUGGUGCCUGCGGAACCGGCGGAGGCUGCCGCACGUGCGCAAGUGCGUGGUAGUGGUCCUGCUGCUACAGGGCCUGUCCCUGCUUGAGCUGCUCGACUUCCCGCCCCUCUUCUGGGUCCUGGAUGCCCAUGCCAUCUGGCACAUCAGCACCAUCCCCGUCCAUGUCCUCUUCUUCAGCUUUCUGGAAGAUGACAGCCUGUAUCUGCUGAAGGAAUCAGAGGCCAAGUUCAAGCUGGACUGAAGGCCCUGGGAGCGGUCUGCCCCACUGGGGAUCCUGCCCUCUCCCUGCUGGCUCCCCUUCUCCCCAUAAUCCUUGAGAUGAUUUUUUCCUUUUAACAACUUGAACUUGGACAUGAAGGGUAUGGGCCCAGAAUCAUGUAACUGCCCAUCCCCUUGCUCGCCCGCACACGGCCCUCACAGGUCUCGGAGUCUGUUCAGGCUUGGCCUGUCAGCAUCUGGGGUUGGAGAAUGGUUCCUGGAGAACCGGCGUGGAACUGUGUUCUUAGCUCCACCGAGAGGAGAGCUGCCUCUGCCUCUGCCUCUCCAUCAGCCUCUUCCCCACAUCCCCUCACCGCCUGGGUGGUGCCCACAGCUGUCUGUCUAGCUGGGAGACCAGGUUCCACAGGCCUUUGGGGACACAGUGGGGCCCCUUCCGUUACCCCCUGCCCUCCUUCAGGGCACCACUAGGUGGCACUAGACUCUUGCUCUUUGGCUGCCCAAGUUCCAAGGCAGGCCUCCUCCCCUUGGGAUCUUGAGGGACCAAGCUGCUGGGAUUGGGCAGUGGUCUCACCUGGACUGUUGUCUCAGCCCGGCCCCCAGGAGACCCCCACUGUCUCACUCCCCAGAGAGCCCAGGACAGGAGUCCUCUGGUCAGGAGCCUGCACGUGAGUGUGUAAGGGAGCGAGAACGAGACUGAGAGCAUUGGGCAUUGGACUGAGCGCAUGGGAUGCUGGGUGGGACAGUGUAUGAGCCUGUGUGGAGAGUGGGGUGGGACGGGAGUGGUUUGAAAGUGUGUGUGUUGCAGGACAAGCGGGGGAGUGUGGGUCAGGGCAGUAUGCAUAGACUGGGUGUGAGGUGAGUGUGAGUGCUGUGAGUGUACCAUGCAGUGUGGGGAGGGUGGAGAAAGAUGGGGGAUCAAGUUACCACCAACAACUAUCUAUCAAGCACCAGCUCCAGGGCCCCAGGCUAGGCAGGGGGCCCGGAUGUCCUCAAGGUCUGGCUCGGCGGGGUACGGGUGUCCAGGCUGCAUGUGGGUGUCCCUGUCUGUGGCCCCCACGUUACAGUCCACCUCCAAAUCUCAGAGGACCCACGCACAAUUUAGAUCACCCUCCAGAACCAGCCUUUAGGGAGACAAAGGGAGGAAGGGCCACAGGGAUCUUGGGGGCCUCUCCAGCCUUCCUGUUGCCUAGGCUUCGUUGGCCUUCCCCUCCCCCAGUGCCCUACCUGCUAAGCCCCUUUGUCACAGCCUGGACCUUGGGAAGGGGGGGGCAAUCUGAGGGAGUAGGGGGAGAAGGCCUGUGGCUGGGUCUGGUUUCUGGCCUUCCCGGAGGCACCCCGGGGUGCACCCCGGUAAAGGUGACCCCUGCUAGCAGCCAGCAGCCCGAACACAUUCCUGCUCCACAAGGAUAGAAUGUGGGGCUCCAGAAACUUUCCAUCCAAAGGCAGUCUCUGCGAUUGGAGCAGGGAGCCUGGAUUCUUAUUCUUUCCCUGCCCCCUUGUCCCUCUCUGCGGUGUAGAGGUGCUAUGCUAGGACUCCAACCUCAGACUUGGGUGGCCCAUGUUUCUUUUGAUAUUGAGAACUAUUUUAAGGUAGGAGGAUAGCAAGGGACAUUCUUAAUAAACCAAUUCUCAG